AUGUCAUUGAAAUACCUCGACAACGCCAGAAAAAUCCUCUGUAUCGGGCGUAACUAUGCUGCCCACAUUAAGGAAUUAAACAGCGCUAAACCACAACAACCAUUCUUUUUCCUUAAACCAUCAUCAUCAAUAUUGAAACCAAACUCGGGACCAUUCUUGAUCCCCAAAGGUGUGGUUGUCCAUCAUGAAGUUGAAUUGGCAUUUACUUUAAACCGUGAAUUGAAAAACUUACCCGAUACGUUCUCCUCACAAGAGGCACUCGAGAGUAUUGAAGGUUAUGCAUUGACGAUUGACAUGACUGCUAGAAAUGUUCAAGAUGAAGCCAAGAAAAAGGGGUUACCGUGGUCAAUUGCUAAAGGAUUUGAUACAUUUUUACCAGUAUCGAAAUUUAUCCCAAGGGAAAGAAUCCCUGAUCCAUACAAUGUUGAAUUGAAGUUGACAAUUAAUGGUGAGGUGAAGCAGCAGGAUAAGUCGGAUUUGAUGUUGUUUCCUAUCCACAAGAUUUUGAGUUACAUGUCAAACAUCAUGACUUUGGAAAAAGGGGAUUUGAUUUUGACUGGGACGCCUAAAGGUGUUGGCCCAAUUGUUGAUGGCGAUGAAGUGGAAGCUACAUUGAGCGUUGGUGGUGAGGUUAUUGAAACUAUCAAGUUUAAAGCAGAAACCAAACCGGGGUAUUACGAAUACAAGGAAACUUGA